AGAAGAGCUUCAAAGCGAGACGUGUCUUCCGCCAAGGCGUUCCGCACGCGUGACAAGCGAAGGCGCCAUGUCAGCCGCAGCUGUGACCGCUGGCUCUCCCCCCGCUGCCCCUGGUCGCGCUCCGAACAGCCCCCGCAGCGAUUCGCAGGAGCGGCAGUCCUCUCGGGAGCCCUUCCGGAACGACGAGACUGCCGGCGCCAGUCGUGACCCGUUUACAGAACAGAAGCCGACGGAGGAGUCCAUCGACGAUGUGCUGGAUCGCGUCACCGUCCACGAUGACCACGGCAUCGACGGCCUCCCCGUCCUGUCCGCGCCGGAGCUGGGAGUGAUUGGCCGAGCGGUUUCGUUCUCCGCCACGAAGGCUGUGAACGGCGCCCGGACAAAGUUCUACUACACCGGGCUGGUGUCCGUGGUGACCGCCGCCGCCGUCACGUUGAUGCACGUGCACCGCUACACCGAGGAGGGCUUUGAGCUGUACAAGAAACGCGAGCGGUCGCUGUCCAAGAAGGGUGCGCCGACGUCCUCGGAGCCGAAGGGCACGAGCACCGCACGCCCUGCCGCUGCCGGCGGCAAGGAGAAGCGGCGCGGCGACCCCCUGUCCCUGUGUGGGUACUCCGCUGAAGGCGAGGUCGGUGUGGGGCACGACGGACGGCUGACGCUGCACCACGACAACGCUGCGCUGCUCCGCAUGCAUGCGGCGGGGAGUCUUGCGCGUGCGACCCGCGUCGACGCGGAGGCGGAGGCGGAGGCAGUGGCGUUCGAGGAGGAGGGCAGCGGAUGCACUUUGGCGGCGGAAGCGGAGGCGGCCACCGCAGCGCCAGCACGCACCGCGCGUCGGCGGCACUCCGUCCCCGCGCACGACGGCUGUGUUGGCCCCCUGCCGUACGUGACCUUUCUCCGCAAGGCGGCGCGCGACGUGAAGUUCGGCCGUGACCCGCGCAGCAGCUUCUACGCCCUCUUUCAGGACCCGUCGAGGGAGCUGCUGGACAUGCAGUACCUCCGCAUGUUUGUGCGCCGCUACCUCGUGCACACGAGCCAGGGCGACAACCCCGAUCGGAUCCCACUCCACGCCUUUGUGACCGCGCGCGGCGGCUGCGCUGACCUCGACCGGGCGCUUGCACGCCAGCUUGUGCGGGAGGAGUUGUCCGAGCUGAUUAAGACGGACCGAGGCAUCGCGAAGGAGAAGCAGCGGGUGGCGCUGCGUGAGGGGCGGCGCGCGGCCGGGCUGGGUGCUGAGGGCCGCACCCUCGAUGUCCCCACGGGGUUGCUAGCCGGCACCGGUGUUCUCUACGGCACCGGCGUGCCGCAAAAGUCCUUCUUCACCGGCGUCGCUCUGGCCGUCCUCACGUUUUUCUGUGCACUUUACCUGGCGGUCAGCGUGGGGGUGUACCACGAGCCUUUCGUCCUUUCUUUUCUCCUGCAGACGCUGUGGUUCGUGGUGGCGUCGCUGCCGGUGUGGGCGUUGGCGAGUGUCUCGACCAUCCUGCACGCCGUCUACAUGCGGCUCCCGCUCCGCAAGAACCUCACUUUUCUGGCGGCGCGUGGCGUGCUCUGCGUGGGUGGUGUCGUCUGUUCUGUUAUGUGCGUUGUUAGCCUGCUGAACAACGAGGUUUACAAGUACAUGGCGAGUCAGUCCGGCGAGGACCUGUGUGCGUUCUACCGGAACUAUCAGUGCUCCGGCUACGACUACAGCUGCAACAGCGGGUACAGGGAGAGUGCCCUGUGUGACGUUCCAUGCAAUCUGCAGGCCUUCGCUGACACGACGUGCUACAAUGUUAUGUGGACGGCGAUCCAGAUAACCUUUGACCCGCUCAUCGUCUUUGCAGUUUGCAUCAUUUUUGGCUGCCUGUUCUCGCUACUGAUGAUGGCGAAGAUGCUGAUGAUUGCGGGACGCGUCGCGCAGAGGAGCCUUUAA